AGUUUACUCAAACCUUUCUGUCUGUCCUGUUAGUCUGAGCCGAACGAUCUCACUAUCAAAACCCAAAUGCGCUGCCAAUAUCAGCAGAUCCAUUGAAAGAUAGAACACAAGCAUUCAGCAGAGGAGGCUCGAUUUCAAUUUCAGCCGAAGCCUCCUUAAAUAAGGUUGAAAUUACACCAGUAUAUGUUUCAAUGUGUUAGAGAGGAAGGGUUGAAGGAAUAAUGAUGAAAGGGUGCAAAUUUACUAUACUUAAAGCAAUCCAUGUUUCUAUUGCUCUGCUUACUCUGGGUUUUGUAACUAUAAUGCUUUGGCCAUGGGAGAAUAACCCUUUUCUUACUACCUUCUUAUUGGCCCAACAACGUUUUAGACACCCUUCUUCAGACGUUCUUUCGAAUGCACCAAAUAUUUCCCGGAGCUCUAGAGGGCAUACAGAGGUCAAUAAGCCAAUUUUUAAUAAAGAAGCACCAAUGACAAGAGAACGUCAUAAUCCUUCUUCAUCAACAAAAUCUGUUACCACACUCACUUCUGAUGUUGAAGAUAGUGAUGAAGAGGUGUUAUCCGCCCAAAAUGCAGAUUGCAACUAUGCCAAGGGGAGAUGGGUUGCUGACAGCAGACGGCCAUUGUAUUCCGGGUCUGGAUGUAAACAGUGGUUAUCGGGAAUGUGGGCUUGCAGACUAACUCAACGGACAGACUUCUCUUUUGAGGGAUAUCGAUGGCAGCCUAAGAAUUGUAAAAUGAAAGAGUUUAACCGGUUUUCAUUCUUGAGAAGAAUGAGGAAUAAAACAAUUGCCUUUGUAGGAGACUCAUUAGGCAGACAGCAGUUCCAAUCCAUGAUGUGUAUGGUCUCAGGUGGGAAAGAGAUGCCUGAAGUUGAAGAUGCCGCGAGGGAUUAUGGGCUUGUUAAACCUCGUGGAGCCAAACGUCCUGAUGGAUGGGUUUAUCGUUUCCCGAGUACAAAUACCACCAUUUUAUAUUACUGGUCAGCUAGCCUCUCGGACCUAGUGCCUCUUAACAGCUCAGACAAAAACUCCGAUGUUGCGAUGCAUUUGGACCGUCCACCUGCUUUCCUAAGACGAUACCUUCACUGUUUUGAUGUAUUAGUUCUCAAUACUGGUCACCACUGGAAUAAAGGGAAGCUUGAACAAAACCGUUGGGUGAUGCAUGUUAAUGAGAAGCCCAAUGAGAAUAAAGAAUUUGAAGAUAUUGGGAAGGCUAAGAAUUUCACAGUGCAUAGUUUUGUCAGGUGGCUAGAUUCGCAACUUACGUCACACCCUCGACUAAAAUCUUUCUUCAGGACAAUCUCUCCAAGGCACUACCUCAACGGAGAUUGGAACACCGGAGGUACUUGCAAUAAUACGGUUUCCUUAAGUAGGGGUAAUCAGGUAUUGCAAGACAAAUCUAUCGACAAAGUUAUCGAGAGUGCUGUUAAGGGUACAAAGGUGAAGAUUUUGGAUAUAACCGCGAUUUCCGAACUCAGAGAUGAAGCUCACAUGUCCGGUUACAGUAUUAGGCCAACUCAGGGUAUCAACGAUUGCUUGCAUUGGUGCCUACCCGGUGUCCCCGACACAUGGAACGAAAUCCUUAUCGCACAGAUAUAGCACCCUCCACGUGUAUGGCAUGAGAAGGCAGUUUUCCGAAGAUACAAUACUGAGCCGGUACUCGAAUCACCUUAUAUAUUCUCUCUUAUUGAUUUGAGAAUAGGUAUAUCAUAUCCUAAUUUUCACCCGAUUGUUGAAACAAAAUUGUAUUUUUCAACCAGUUUUAUGUCUACCGAACCCAA